AUGGAGAUUGACAGUGAACCUGCCUCUGACUCCCAACAGAUCAAGGAUCUGGUCAAGAAAAUGGUACAGGAGGAACUGAAACAGACCCAAAAGCAAAUGCCAGAGCCACUGGCAAACAUGCACCCAAGCGCUCAACCAACAGCGCAAAAACAAUCAAAACAACAACAGCUCAAAAAACAACAGGAGGGGCCCACCCAGGGAGGCGCCUCCAGCAACAAAAAGAAAUCUCCCAGCCAACACCAGCCCGCCAGAGGCGGCAGAACCCAACGAGGAAGGUCCAGUCCGCCCCAAGAGGCAAACGCCCAAGAAGCCAAAGCAGAGGCCGCCAAGGCGGCCGCGCGGCAGGGCUGGACGAGGAAGGGAGGAAGAGCCGGAGGAAGAGGCAACGUACCUCCAGAGGCUCCACAAGAUCGAACAGAGGCCGCUCCAGAAGUCCUCUCCCAGCAGGAGGCAGAAAUCCAACACCAGGAGAAGCAGGUCCUCCAGGCGAUCGACAAGGAGAUAGAGCUCACAUAUGGCUUCGUCUCAGACCCCGACCUCAUCUACACGACAAUGUACAAAUUAGACUCCUUCAUAUGCCGCGCUGGUACUACUUUGCCAGGCAACCAACCUUGCAUACCACGACCUUACCACGACAAUUAA